AUGAAGUUUGCUUUGGAAAUAGCUGAACUGCAGAUCAGAGAAGGUCGACAUGUCAUCUUAGAAAAUCCUCGAGGCAGUGAAGCUUGGAAUGAACCUGAGAUGUUGCGUUUUCUUGAGGAGAAUGAGCUCUACGCCGCUAUCUUUGACCAAUGCCGUUUUGGCCUCAAAAGCCUUUCUGGUUGGUUGCACAAGAAGCCAACGAGAGUGGUGAGCUCAAGUUCAGAUGUUGCUGCGGAAUUGGAUGGAGUGACUUGCAUGCGCAACCACCCUCAUGCGCCAGUUCUGGGCGGCUCUCAUGUGACAGCCCGUGCGGGCAUCUACCCAAAGCCUUUGGCACGCGCCAUGGUUAGGGGCCUUGAGAAGCAAUUUGAACGAGAGUUUGCUCCUCGUGAAGCUCUUGCUGCCGAAAUUGGAGAGGAUGUUGAGGAGGAGGAAUUGGCUUUUGAAGGCGGUGGAUUGGUGAUGCCUCAAGAUGAUGGCAGUGACGUGGAGGACGAAGUGGAUUCAAAAGGAACUGCAAUUCCUGUUUCUUCUGGCAUGCACGCGACAAUCCUUCGACUUCACCAAAACACUGGCCACAGAUCGGGCAAAAGGUUAGCCCGAGCCCUAGCCAUUGCGGGUGCACCUGCAGAAGCAAUUCAGGCGGCGAAACAACUUCAAUGCUCAGUUUGCCAAGAGCGACAACCACCUCGUGCCCGUCGUCCUGCUUCUCUUCCUGUGCCUCGCGACAUGGGUGACCAGAUCCAUGUGGACUUGCUGGAAGUUUUUGACACCAGCGAGAAGAAGUACGUAGUGGCCCAUGCAACUGAUGCCGCUACACGAUUCCAAAUGGCUGAGAUUUUGCCAGACAAAUCAACCAAGCCUGUGGUGCGCUUCCUUUCUACCAGAUGGAUUGCAACAUUUGGCCCUCCGAGAGUGAUGGUCGUGGACCAAGGCAGAGAAUUUGUGUCUUGGGAAAUGGAGGAAUAUGCUGGAAGCCAAUCCAUUCUUUUGCACCACAUCGCCGUUCAGGCGCCCUGGCAAAAUGGAAUUGCAGAAAGAAGCGGUGGAGUGUUAAAAGCACUUUUAGCAGCCAUCGUUACUUCUCAAAGCGUCCUUGGACUUGAGGACAUGCAGGUAGCUCUUGCCGAGGCGACAUCAGCUUACAAUGGCGACAUCAAUGAAUUGGGUGCCUCUCCUUUUCAGGCAGCCAUUGGACGUCAGCCUAGGAUGGUUGGAGACGUGCUGGGUGGCAUACAGACAAGGCUUGCAGAACAUGGACUCAUUGACUCCAAGCCUUCGCUGGCUAGACAGUUGGCCAUGCGAGAAGUUGCCAAAAUAGGAAUGACCCGCCUUCACUUCAGCCGAAGUUUGCGGAAGGCAGAACUAGCACGAUCCCGAAACCCAACCAUUGAGCAGCUUCCAGAGCCUGGCACAAUCUGCUACUUCUACAGGCCUUUGAAGUACAACAACAAGACAGCGCCGUCCAAGAAGAAGCUCACUCUGAAACGUUGGCACGGCCCUGCACUUCUUUUGGCCAUUGAAGGCAGAAGCUCUGGAUACUUGAGCUACAAGGGGCAAUUGACCAAAUGCGCCCUGGAGCACAUUCGUGCAGCCAGCACGAUGGAACAGAUAGCUGCAGAUUCUUGGCGUGAAGCCAUAGAAGAAGCUGUUGAGGCUGCCACCUUGGACUUGUCGGCCCGUGGACUUCCUUUGGCCGAUGGUGGCGAUGGAACUGCUGUUCAACAACCAGCUGCUGUGAUGCCAAUGCCUGGCACUCCUGCCUUCUUGCCCUCAUCUUCAGCAGCUGCAGUUCCAGAACAAGCAAUGCCGGUUGGCGAUGAUUUGCCUCCGGUAGCGCCUCAAGAACUUGCUGGUGCCUUGAUGCCUGCCUCUGCACCAGUAUCGACUGUGCCUUCCAGAAGAAUGAGUGAGGCAACGUUUGAUCGAGCCACCACUGAUGGACUUUCGAGUGGACUCGGCGAUGGACUUCGAAAACGGGCCUCAAGCUUUGCAAGUCAGUUGCAGGGCGUCAUGGAACAGGCACAACGUCAACGUUUGGCAGAGCCUGCAGGAACCAAACGAGCUGCAGACACAUCACUGGAAAGAUUGAAGGCUGAAUCCUCUGAGCCUCCUGAUCCUCAACCUGAUGGACCUCCAGUGAUCACAGCAACUUCAACAAAUGAGCCUGCGGCAGAAGCAUUGCAGACCACGAGAGAAGAUGUUUUGUCCAGUUUGGGCGAUCCUUCACUACAUCCACUGCAACACAUCUACAAUGCUGCCUGUGAAGACAGACUCAACCCUACUGAAGCGCGUGUGAAAGAUCAUGGUUCUUGGGAUGGCAGAUGGCCUUUACCCUCAAGAACGGAAUGGCAUGCUCACCAACGGCUUGGACUUCCUUGGCCUUGUGGGCAUGAUGAUCUGGUUGAAAAUGACGUGAUGGCAGUUCAAGCCAAUCGCAAAGAAUUUCACUGGCGCUCCAUGAGUGAUGCUGAAAAGGCUGAGUUCAAGAUUGCGGCCGAACAAGCCUGGAGUGUUUGGAAGGAGAAUGAUGCGGUUGAAGAACUAUCUCCUGAAGAAUCUCAACGAGUGCGUGAGAGACUGAAGAGAGAAGGCCAGCAGGGGAAGAUUCUCACCCCCAGAUACGUGUUCACCGACAAACACGAGGGCCUUCGCACUGAGCAGAACAAGUUGCCUCUCCGUGCACGAGCGCGCAUUGUUGUUCCUGGUUUCAAGGACAUCUUUUCAUUUGGACUUCGAAAGGAUGCUCCUACAUGUUCAAGACUGGCCCAACAUUUCCUUUUGACCUUGACGGCAUGUUUCAAUGUAAUGGCUGUUGGAGCUGACCUUGCCUGGACUUUGCUUUCAGCCGACAUCAAGUCAGCCUUCAUGAAAGGAGAUGCCUACAUGGAUGGGACCAGAGAGUUGUUCAUGGGAAACAUCCGAGGAGCCUCUGAUGAACCUCGCCUGCCUUUUCCUGGACUUGCCAGGAUACGCAAAGGAGUGUUUGGUUUGAGUGAUGCGCCGAGACGUUGGUAUUUGAGGUUGAACAAGUCCCUGAUUCAGCAGGGAUGGCAAAGAACUACACUGGACUACGCCUGUUGGGUUCUGUGGUCACCAUGUGGAACGAGGUUGGAUGGCGUCCUCAUCUCACAUGUGGAUGAUUUGCUUUUGGGCGGAAACCGCCGUGCUGUCGCCAAACUUCAAGAGCUUGGACGAGAACUGGGGUUUGGAAGCACCUCUGAGAAGGACAUCACCUAUUGUGGCAAACGUAUCCGCCAAUGGGAUGACGGCCACAUCACCAUCACCAUGGAGGAGUACCACAGCAACCUGAAGACCGUGAAUAUUCCUGUGCCUCGCAGAGCCAACCCAGACUCAGACUUGACGGAGAUGGAACGACGUCAACUUCGUGCAAUCCUUGGUUCACUACAAUGGCUGGUUGCUCAACUGCGAUUUGAUUUGGGUUUUCAGCUCAGCACCUUGCAAGGUGAACCGCCGAAGAUCAGCACCCUGAUGAAAGCUAAUCUGCUUGUCAAGCGCUUCAAGCAGGACCCUGACUUUGCCCUGACCUUCAAGCCGAUGGAUUUGAAGGGAGCUGGAAUCAUGGUGGUAACCGAUGCCAGUUUGGGGAAUGUCACCAAAGCUGGCGGAGCUGAUGGAACUGUGUUGGAAAAGGUGUUUAGCCAAAGCGCCUACUACGUCCUCCUGGCCGACAAGGACCUUUUGGCUGGACGAGAAGGAAGCUUCUCAGUGCUGGACGCAAGAAGCCACAGACUUCCUCGAGUAUGCCGCUCUACAUACGGAGCAGAGCUGCUGGGAACGGAAGAAGCAUUUGAUGUUGGAUGUUUCUGCCGUGGCUGGUGGGCGAUGUUGCAAGGCCUUCCAAUUGAACACAAACGUGCUGAAGAAGUCAUGGACUGCAUUCCUUUGGCAGUCGUCACUGAUGCACGUGAUGUCUACGACAAAGGGUCUUCAGACACACCUUCCUACGGAUCUCAAAAAUCCCUGGCGUUCACAGUUGCCUGGAUUCGUGGAGUCCUUAGCAAACCCAACACCAUGCUCAAGUGGACAUCAACGGAGAACCUCUUCGUGGAUUGCGAGACGAAAGACAUGAGCACUGAGCAUGUGCAUAAGAUUCUUAGCAGCUGCCGAUGGAGCGUAACCUUCAACCAAGAGUUUGUCAAGCAGAAGCAGAAGACGAAGCCGAAGAAGCUCGCUGCCGGAAGCUGUGAGAGUCUGCUGGUAGGCACUUUAGCUGGCAUCCUGGUGACGGUGUAUCGUUCACAAGCUACCAAGAAAGAAAUAUCAACUGAGGCCCUUGGUGCAGAUGCUUCUUUGGUACCUCAGAAAAUCAAGGCUGGAACCGGAACCGGCCUAGAUUCUCAUUAUGAGUUGCGUUCGCUUUUUCAGUGGCUUGUGGAAACAGUGAACCUGGAGCAGCAAGUUGUCUUUGAAUGCGGCAAUGGAGAGGGUGAAGUGCAAGUUGGAGGUCGGCAUGUCCUACUUCACAGAAUGGCAACCUGGCAGCUUUCAGGUUCACUGAAGUUGUCAGUCCCUUUGGAGCUGCAGGCUGAGAUUUCCGGACUUCUUCUACAAGCUCGGAAGCGAGGACGUAUAGAUGAAGAAGUCGAGAAUUUGUAUAGCGCCUGGGAGUUACUAAGUGCCGAGGUGGUUUCUGCCACUUCUACAGUCUCUGCACCAGAGCCUGCCAUCUUCCUGGUUCACCGGCAGACUGGACAGGCUGUGGUUGUGGCAAAGUGGCCAACAGUUGAAUUCAGGCGGCCUGACAGUUUCGAUCCGGGCAGGCACUUUCAGCGGAG